AUGGCUGAGCAGCAGCAGCAGCAGCAGCACGUACAAGAGCCAGAGCCAGCGGAGGCGGUGAACGCACCCCGACACGACGGCGCCAUCAUGGAGAUACUGAGCCGGAGCCUGCAGAGCAUGGCGAGCCCGGACGUGAGCGCCUACUUCUCCGGCGCGUCGUCGCGGCGCCCCAGCGCGGCGGACGAGGUCGACGACGAGGAGGCGCUGCGGUGGGCCGCGCUGGAGCGGCUGCCGUCGUUCGACCGCCUGCGCACGGGCCUCAUGCGGGCGGACGCCGACAGCGGCGGCGGCGGCGUCGUGGGGCGCGGCCGCAGGUGGUACGCGCACAGGGAGGUGGACGUGCGCACGCUGGAGCUCGCGCAGCGGCAGGCCUUCGUGGAGCGCGUGUUCCAGGUCGCCGAGGAGGACAACGAGCGCUUCCUCAAGAAGCUCCGCGCCCGCAUAGAUCGGGCGGGGAUCCAGAUGCCGACGGUGGAGGUGAGGUUCAGGAACCUGAGCGUGCAGGCGGAGUGCCACGUCGGGACGCGCGCGCUGCCGACGCUGGCGAACGUGUCGCGGGACGUCGCUGAGUCGCUGCUGGCCCUCGUCGGCCUCAACUUCGCCAAGAGGAAGACCCUCGACAUCCUCAAGGACGUCUCGGGCGUCGUCAGGCCGUCGAGGAUGACGCUUCUGCUAGGCCCGCCUUCAUCUGGCAAGACGACGCUCUUGCUGGCCCUGGCCGGCAAGCUCGACCCAACCCUUGAGGUGAGCGGUGAGGUGACGUACAACGGCUACGGCCUGGACGAGUUCGUGCCGCAGAAGACGGCGGCGUACAUCAGCCAGCACGACGUCCACGCCGGCGAGAUGACCGUCAAAGAGACCCUCGACUUCUCUGCCAAGUGCCAGGGGGUAGGCCAGAGAUACGAGCUGCUCAAAGAGCUGGCUAAGAAGGAGAGGCAGCUGGGCAUAUACCCAGAUCCAGAGGUCGACCUGUUCAUGAAGGCAACUUCAGUCGAGGGGAGCACUCUCCAGACAGAUUACAUUCUCAGGAUCCUCGGGCUGGACAUGUGCGCCGACGUGAUCGUCGGCGACGAGCUGCGGCGCGGCAUCUCCGGUGGCCAGAAGAAGCGCCUCACCACAGCGGAGAUGCUGGUCGGCCCGACCAAGGUGCUGUUCAUGGACGAGAUAUCCACCGGCCUGGACAGCUCCACCACCUUCCAGAUCGUCAGGUGCAUCCAGCAGAUAGUCCACAUGGGCGAAGCCACCGUCCUGGUGUCUCUGCUGCAGCCAGCGCCGGAGAUCUUCGAGCUUUUCGAUGAUGUCAUGUUACUCUCCGAGGGGCAGAUCGUGUACCAGGGCCCCCGGGAGCAUGUGCUUGAGUUCUUCGAGAGGUGUGGGUUCCGCUGCCCCGAGAGGAAAGGUGUUGCUGAUUUCUUACAGGAGGUUACAUCAAAGAAAGAUCAGGAGCAGUACUGGACACAGAGCGAGAAACCUUAUCACUACGUAUCAGUACCUGAAUUUGUUGCCAAGUUUAAGAAAUUUCAUAUGGGGAAGAGCCUAAAAAAGCAGCUUUCAGUUCCUUUCAACAAGAGGAAAAUCCACAAGUCUGCUCUGGUAUUCUCCAAGCAGUCUGUUUCUACUUUGGAGCUUCUCAAGACCUCGUGCUCCAAGGAAUGGCUUCUCAUGAAGCGAAAUUCAUUUGUCUACAUUUUCAAAACAGUUCAGGGAAUAUUAGUUGCACUAAUAGCAUCAACAGUUUUCUUGCGGACACAGCUCCACACAAGAGAUGAGGAUGAUGGACAAAUCUAUAUAGGAGCACUUAUUUUUGUCAUGAUAACUAAUAUGUUCAGUGGUUUUGCUGAUUUAUCUUUAACUCUGGCAAGGCUCCCGGUAUUCUACAAACAUAGGGACUUCCUGUUUUAUAGGCCAUGGACUUUUGCACUUCCAAAUGUUCUUGUGAGAAUCCCUAGCUCGCUGUUCGAAUCAAUAAUUUGGGUUGCAAUAACCUACUACACCAUGGGAUUUGCCCCUGAAGCUAGCAGGUUCUUCAAACACCUGCUUGUAGUCUUCAUGCUUCAGCAGUUGGCUGCAGGACUGUUCAGAGUUACUGCUGGCUUAUGCAGGACUGUUGUGGUAACGAAUACUGCAGGGUCUCUUGCAGUUCUGAUCAUGUUUGUGCUCGGAGGAUUCAUCCUACCAAAAGAUGCAAUCCCUAAAUGGUGGGUGUGGGCUUACUGGUGUUCACCUCUUACUUAUGCAUACAUUGCCUUUUCUGCCAAUGAAAUGCAUUCUCCAAGGUGGAUGGACAAAUUUGUAUCUGAUGGAAAAAGAUUGGGAGUGGCAGUUCUAGAAAACUCUGGUGUCUUCACCAACAAGGAAUGGUACUGGAUUGCAACUGGAGCCCUUCUAGGAUUCACCAUUCUGUUCAACGUGUUAUUCGCGCUAUCGCUUAUGUACCUGAACCCUGUUGGAAAACCACAAUCCAUCCUCCCUGAAGAAACUGAUAGUCAGGAGAACAAUCAGGAAGGAAAAAAGAACGCACAUUUAAAACAGAGAACUGGAUACGAAACACCAGAACCUGUAUCCCAAAACUCAAUCAUCACCCUGGAUAAGGUGAUUCAGCAGUUGCGUGGAUAUUCCGCAAACACUUCUGAUAGGUCAUUCAUGAAUGCUGCUGGCAGAACUGCUCCAGGAAGAGGGAUGGUUCUUCCAUUUGAACCUCUCUACAUGUCCUUUAAUGAGAUAAAUUAUUAUGUUGAUAUGCCUGUGGAAAUGAAGAGUCAGGGAGUAACUGCCGAUAAGCUUCAACUGCUGUCAGGAAUAUCUGGAGCUUUUCGACCUGGUGUUCUAACUGCCCUUAUGGGUGUUAGUGGGGCUGGAAAGACUACCCUCAUGGACGUCUUAUCUGGGAGAAAGACAGGUGGAUAUAUUGAAGGGGAAAUCUAUAUAUCGGGUUACCCAAAGAACCAAGCAACAUUUGCUAGAAUAUCAGGCUACUGUGAGCAAAAUGACAUCCACUCCCCACAGAUUACUGUAAGGGAAUCCCUACUCUUCUCUGCUUUCCUGCGCCUAUCUAAGGAGGUCAAUGAUCAAGAAAAGAAGAUCUUUGUGGAUGAAGUUAUGGAGCUAGUUGAGCUUAGUGGUCUGAAAGAUGCUAUCGUGGGCCUCCCUGGUGUGAAUGGGCUGUCAACAGAACAAAGAAAGAGGCUGACAAUUGCUGUAGAGCUUGUGGCAAACCCCUCAAUUAUCUUUAUGGAUGAACCAACUUCUGGUCUUGAUGCAAGAGCUGCUGCUAUUGUUAUGAGAACUGUACGUAACACUGUCAAUACUGGAAGAACCGUUGUAUGCACUAUUCAUCAACCAAGUAUUGACAUUUUUGAAGCUUUUGAUGAGUUGUUGCUACUGAAAAGAGGAGGCCAGGUUAUAUAUUCUGGACCCUUGGGUACAAAUUCUCAUAAAGUUGUUGAGUACUUCGAGGCAAUUCCUGGAGUCCCAAAGAUCGAAGAUAAUCGCAACCCAGCCACAUGGAUGCUGGAUGUGAGCUCUGCUGCAUCAGAAAUUCGAUUGGAUAUUGAUUUUGCUGAAUAUUACAAGUCAUCGACUAUGCAUCAGCGAACCAAAGCAUUAGUAAAGGAACUGAGCAAGCCACCUCCUGGAUCGGAUGACCUCAACUUUCCUAGUCAAUACUCGCAGAGCACCUUUAGUCAGUUCAAGCUCUGCCUCUGGAAACAAUGGUGGACUUACUGGAGAAGUCCUGAUUACAAUCUUGUCAGGAUUUUCUUUGCGUUGUUUACUGCUUUAAUGUUGGGGACUAUAUUUUGGAGGGUUGGUCACAAGAUGAAGAGUUCAAAAGAUCUUUUGGUCAUCAUUGGAUCAAUGUAUGCUGCUGUCUUGUUUGUUGGAUUUGAGAAUUCUGUAACUGUUCAACCUGUUGUUGCUGUGGAAAGGACUGUAUUUUACAGAGAGCGGGCAGCUGGAAUGUACUCAGCUAUACCUUAUGCUCUAGCUCAGGUUGUUGUGGAGAUACCAUAUGUGUUCGUUGAGACUGUCAUUUACACUCUUAUUGUCUACCCAAUGAUGGCGUUCCAGUGGACACCAGCAAAGUUCUUUUGGUUCUUCUAUGUUUCAUUCUUCACCUUCCUCUAUUUCACUUACUACGGCAUGAUGAACGUCGCCGUAUCACCAAACCUUCAGGUUGCUUCUAUAUUGGGUGCUGCCUUUUACACCCUUUUCAAUCUCUUCUCGGGAUUCUUCAUCCCAAGACUGAAAAUCCCAAAAUGGUGGGUUUGGUACUAUUGGCUUUGCCCGGUGGCAUGGACAGUAUACGGUCUUAUUGUGUCACAAUAUGGAGAUGUGGAGGAUUCUAUCAAGGUCCCAGGCCAACCUGAUAAGCAAGUCAGACCUUUCAUCAAGGAUUAUUUUGGCUAUGACCCGGACUUCAUGGGCGUCGUGGCUGCAGUCCUAGCUGGCUUUACCAUUUUCUUCGCUUUUACAUAUGCUUACUCCAUUAGAACCUUGAGUUUCCAGCAGAGAUAGAAAUUAUUGUCAUUUGCUGUGUGAUGCCGUUCACAUGGAAGCUGUAACUAUAUAUCUCUGUCUUACUGAUUGCACGAAUGAGUGGCUGAAUCAAGGAACUGUAAUGGAACUAGUCUCCUUGUUAAUCUCUUGUACGUGUAAGUGAAACCGUGCAAACAUAAGGAGACAAAUAUGUAACCGAAAGUUCAGGAUGCAGAAU